UUGGUUUUUUUGCCUCACUCAAAAAAUAGACCAAAGGCAGCUGACAAACCCACUGGAAAUAGACAGCUUGCUAGACUCGUUCAGCCAAAAUGCCCUAGACGAUCCAAAGAAGAGAUGGAUAAAGUCUGAACUGAAGUGAAAAAGAAGAAGGGUGCUGGUACGUGGAAUGGAUUGUAGUUUGACAGUUAAAAUUUCAGUUUUGAUCUCCAACUCCGACUUGCGACGACGGGUUUUCCCCCGUUUUUAGCCUUGAAUUUACCCUUCUUUCAACCCUUAUUCCAGCCCUCAAGCAGAUAAGCCCUGGCUGCAGUCGGCCACAGACAGUACUGCUGUCCUGGGUAGCAGAUGUGAUGGAUAGAGAUUGUUGCAACUCGCACACUGACCGUUUUUGUGGGGGACCAAACUGAUUUUUUUUUCUUUUCUUUGGUGAAUAAACGACGGAAACGAAUACUUCUUUAACUUGAGUACCGUAUGCUUAGAUAAAUCAUUAAGAGAUGACUCCAAUUAGCCCCAAGCAGUCCAAGUCGUUUCGUACUUCGAACCCGGAAGCAGAUUCGGCCAUAGAUCGAACGAUACCGGAUUUCCCAGCUGCUCAGAUACCCGAUGAGGAUAAGUAUUUCAAAACUCAUAAACCUCCAAGCUACUUGGGCGAAAUAUCCGAACAGGUUUCUGAGUUCAUUGAACAUCACAAGAAGGUGACCGGUAAGAAGGUGGUGUUGGUGACCUCCGGAGGUACCACCGUACCAUUGGAGAAUAAUACUGUUAGGUUUAUUGAUAAUUUUAGUGCUGGUACUAGAGGUGCAACCUCAGCAGAAUAUUUCUUAGAGAAUGAUUAUGCAGUGAUUUUUUUGCAUCGGGAGUUUAGUCUUUUACCAUAUUCAAGACAUUAUAGUCAUACCACCAAUUGUUUUUUGGAUUACAUGACCGAAGUUAAUAAUAAAGUUGAAAUCAAUCCUGAUUUUGCCGAUCAAAUGUUGGUUGUUUUAAGAAAAUAUAAUGAUGCUAAGACUUCGAAAUCUUUAUUAUUAGUACCAUUUACUACUGUGAAUCAGUAUUUAUAUACCUUAAGAACAAUAUCUGAACUGUUACAAUCUUUAGAUUCGAAAGCUUUGUUUUAUUUGGCUGCUGCAGUUUCAGAUUUUUUUUUACCUCAAUCAAGGUUACCUCAACAUAAAAUCCAAUCUCAAGCCACUGGUAAACUUAUUGUUGAUUUGGAGCAAGUUCCUAAAUUUUUGAGUAGGUUAGUUGAUAAUUGGGCUCCUAGUGCAAUGAUUGUAUCUUUUAAAUUAGAAACCGAUAGUUCUAUUCUUAUCAAGAAGGCUAAAUCAGCUUUAGAUAGAUAUCAACACCAAUUAGUGAUUGGAAAUUUAUUACAAACUAGGAAAAAAGAAGUUGUCUUCGUUACUCCUGAUGGUAAAGAAAAUUGGAUAACAUUAACCAAUGAACAAAUUGAUCAAGAUGUUGAAAUUGAAAGUUUGAUCAUUCCAGAAGUAAUAAAAGAACAUAAAUCUUGGGUUACAAAUCACGAUAGAAAAUAAAUAUUAUCUAUAUACAUUUUAUGCCUUUAUUUAUAUACACUGAUUAUAAAAAUGAAAU